UGGUGCAGAGGGUCUGGUGGCUGCUGGAGGCUUGACUGCACUCCUUGCCAAGAUGGAUUACGCCAAGUCCCUCAGUCUGCGCCUAGCUGACCCCAUCUCCAAAUGCGUCUCCGCAAGCGCCUCCAUGACCCAGCAGCUGCUGUCGAGCCCGGCGCCGCGGCCCCGGCCCUACCGCGUCUACAACUGGGACCGCAGCCUGCGCAAGGGCAUCAUGGCGCGGAGCCUUGCCGAGCUGCUGCACCAGGUUCAGAGCGCCCUGUCUGCACCGGGGCCCAUCUCACUGGUCCUGGAUGAGGACGGCACGGCCGUGGAGACGGAGGCUUUCUUCCAGACGCUGGAGGAGGGCACGGUGCUCAUGGCCCUGAGCAAGGGGCAGACGUGGUGUGCCUCCAAGACACCAGGCUACCAGCUGAGCCUGUCCCACAAGCCGCGCCGCAGGAUCGACGUGGCCUGCAUCACCUUCGACCUCUACAAGACCAGCCCCAAGGACCUGGGCUGCCUCAACGUCAAAGCCACCCUCUACGGCACCUACAGCAUGUCCUACGACCUGCGCUGCUGCGGGGCCAAGCGGCUCAUGAAGGAAGCUCUGCGCUGGACGCUCUUCACCAUGCAGGCCACGGGCCACGUGCUGCUGGGCACCUCCUGCUACAUGCAGCAGCUGCUGGAUGCCACGGAGGAGCCCAAGGAGGACCACGCGGAGAGCACCCCGGCCCUGCAGAGCCUCCUGCCCCGCAGCCUCCCGCCCCCGCCCCGCAGGAAGACCCUGCAGUGAGGGCUCGGCCCCGCGGCCCCUCCGCACACCCCAGGGACGCACGUCCCAUCCCUCCUAGGUCAAUGCACGUGGGGGGGCUGCUCACACCCCGUGUGGCACCUGCACUCCUUCCCCCUGUCCCGGCUUGGUGCAACCAGGGCAGUUGGGAUCUGCCUGGAUGACUCUCCCUCGCACGUCGCUGGCUGAAUGUGGCCAGGUCUUCUGUCUGCUACUCUGUAAAUAUAUUUAUUUAAGUAAAGCUCCUGUACUCCA